GGUUACAAAUUAUCUCUUAUCUAAAAAAUAAAAAAAAAAUAAAAAAAUCUUCAUUGAAUUCAAUUCGUGUUAUACUUCACACAAAAAAAAGAAACAAACUUGUUUUCAAGAAGAAGCAUUUAUUACCAAAAAGGUUCUCUCUUUUCUUGUUUGUUUGUGUGUUUUUGUGCGAAUGACUCGUCGGUGUUCGCAUUGUAGCAACAAUGGACACAACUCACGCACGUGUCCAACGCGUGGUACGUGCGGUGGUGGAGGAGGAGGAGGAGGGUCUUGUUCCUCCUCGGCGGUGAAGCUGUUCGGUGUGAGGUUAACGGAUGGUUCGAUUAUUAAGAAGAGUGCGAGUAUGGGUAAUCUCUCUGCAUUGGCUGUUGCUGCGGCGGCUGCGACUACGCACCACCGUUUAUCUCCGUCGUCUCCUUUAGCGACGUCUAAUCAUAACGACUCGCCGUUAUCCGAUCAUGCCCGAUACUCUGGUUUGCAUCAUAAUGAAGGGUACUUAUCUGAUGAUCCUGCUCAUGGUUCUGGUUCUAGUCACCGUCGUGGAGAGAGGAAGCGAGGUAUUCCUUGGACUGAGGAAGAACACAGGCUAUUCUUAGUCGGACUUCAGAAACUUGGGAAAGGAGAUUGGCGUGGUAUUUCAAGAAACUAUGUAACUUCAAGAACUCCUACACAAGUGGCUAGUCAUGCUCAAAAGUAUUUCAUUCGCCAUACGAGUUCCAGCCGCAGGAAAAGACGGUCUAGCCUCUUUGACAUGGUUACUGAUGAAAUGGUAACGGAUUCAUCGCCAAUACAAGAAGACCAAACCGUAAACCGUUCUUCUCCAAGCGAGGAGCUUGAGAACAAAAGUUACCUUCCUUCACUAGAGCUCUCACUCAAUAAUACCACGGAACCUGAAGCGGUCAUAGCCAAGGCGCUACCACAGGAAAAACCUGAAGAAGCUAUAGAACCAUCGAACGGGGUUUCACCAAUGCUAGUCCCGGGAGGUUUCUAUCCUCCUUGUUUUCCAGUCACUUACACGAUUUGGCUCCCUGCGACUUCCACAUCACUUCAGGGAACAGAACAUGGUUUCGAAGCUGAGACUUCUUCUCAGCAUCAUCAGGUCCUAAAACCAAAACCUGGAUUUGCUAAAGAACGUGUGAACAUGGACGAGCUGGUUGGUAUGUCUCAGCUUAGCAUAGGAAUGGGAACAAAACAUGGGACUGAAACUUCUCCUUCUGCUUCCCCGCUAUCGUUGAAACUAGAGCCCUCAAGGCCAUCGGCAUUUCACUCAAAUGGCUCGGUGAAUGGUGCGGAUUUGAGUAAAGGCAACAGCGCGAUCCAGGCUAUCUGAAAAAUCUAAUGUUGUUGUGUUAAAGAAUGAAGAAGACCGGAUUAAAGCAGAGGAUGUUCCUGGUUUGAGGACGAAACAAACCAAGCUUUGAGCCAUUAGAGAGAGAGAGAAUACUUCUUACCAAAGAAAAAAAAGAAAAAAUAGAGCAAACUGUAACAACAGACUUACCAAACAGUCAAAACACAUUUCUCAGUAUCACGUCAUACUUACAUAAGAUAAGCGUAACUUACAAUACAAUCACUGAUUUUAAUGUU